UUUCGCCGGUAAAUGGAUGCUUAAGGGGAAGUAGGUGUGAUAGCCACAUGAAUAAAGUAACACCAGCAAGCAUGCAGAACAGAGGAGGAAAACCAGAAGUCACAGAUGAGCAGGAAUGCAUUGGCCAAGUGUGUGGGGCACUCCUAACAGUACUUUCCCUUUUGGCAAUUAUAGCAUUUGGCCCUUUCUCUUUGUGCGUCUGUCUAAAAGUUGUUAAUGAAUACGAGCGAGCGGUUAUUUUCCGACUUGGAAGGCUCAGUGGGGGAGCUAAAGGACCCGGAAUCUUCUUCAUUAUACCUUGCAUUGAUGAGUACAGAUGCGUGGAUUUAAGAGUCAAAUCGUUUGACAUUCCACCGCAGGAAAUUUUGACGAAAGACAGCGUCACCAUUGCGGUCGAUGCCGUGGUCUACUAUCGCGUACAAGAUGCCACAUUGAAGAUAACAAAAGUCGAAAAUGCUGACGGCGCAACAAGACUUCUCGCUCAAACUACUCUCCGUAAUAUGUUAGGCACAAAACUGCUUUCUGAAGUUUUAACUGACAAAGAAGAAAUCGCAAAUGGAAUGCUUACCUUUCUUGACGCUGCGACAGACGAAUGGGGCAUCAAAGUCGAAAGAGUGGAAGUCAAAGAUGUCAGAUUACCUUUUCAACUUCAGAGAGCAAUGGCAGCGGAAGCAGAGGCAUCGCGGGAAGCCAGGGCCAAAGUGGUUGCAGCCGAAGGAGAAAUGAACGCCUCCAGAAAGCUGAAAGAAGCCGCAGAUGUUAUGAGUGAUUCUCCAAAUGCAAUGCAACUCCGAUAUCUUCAAACCUUGUCAUCAAUUAGCGCGGAAAAGAAUUCCACCAUUGUGUUCCCGCUUCCAAUAGAUCUCAUUUCAUCCCUCGUGCAGAAAUAAAGCUAUUUUGUUCUAUUAGGCCUAAAUAAAAUUAUAUUAAACAAAUAUAUAUAUUAACUGAC